AUGAUCUUGACGCCUAUCUCAUCGGAGAAUGGCGGAGGUGAUGAUCCCAUUGUCGUGGUGGGUACGGCGUGUCGUCUCCCUGGGGAGGCGACCUCCCUCCAAGCAUUAUGGGAUAUGAUGAGCAAUGAACGAACGGGUCAUGUACCUGUUCCAGCUGAGCGAUGGGAUGCAGAUGCCUGGUACCAUCCAGAUCCAGAUCGAAAGGGCGCGAUCACAUCAAAAGCCGGAUUCUUUCUAAAAGAGGAUAUUGCAGCAUUUGAUGCACCAUUCUUUUCUGUCACAUCUAAAGAGGCAGAGGGAAUGGACCCGGCUAAGCGACUUCUUUUAGAGGUAUCAUAUGAGGCUUUAGAAAACGCUGGGAUGCCGAUGGAGAGGGUGGCUGGUUCGAGAACUGGCGUCUAUGUUGGAUGUAUGACGAGUGACUACGAAGAUAUGUCCACUCAUGACAUUUAUGACCUGGCACAUAAUGCCGCAGCUGGUGUUAGUGAGGCCAUGACUGCCAACCGCGUCUCGUGGUUCUUCGACUUCCGCGGGCCUAGUCUUACUGUUGAUACGGCAUGUUCAUCGAGUCUGUACGCACUGCACCUAGCGUGCCAGUCGUUGCAACUCGGUGAAACAGAUAUGAAUCUGGUCGCAGGCGUAAACGUCAUUUUAUACCCCAAUGCGAUGAGCCAGCUAACGGCUAUGCACAUGCUUAGCCCCGAAGGACUCUCUCAUUCAUUUGACCACCGAGCUAAUGGGUAUGGUCGCGGCGAGGGAACAGGAGUCAUAGUUCUCAAACGUCUUUCUGAUGCGCUUCGAGAUGGGGAUGUAAUUCGUGCCGUUAUCCGGGCCUCGGCUACCAACGUUGACGGGCGAACACCGAGUGUCACGAUGCCUAGCUCAGAAGCCCAAGAAGAUUUGAUUCGCACGACUUAUAAGCGAGCCGGGCUUCCGAUCAGCGAGACAUCCUAUGUUGAGCUUCAUGGUACCGGUACGCCGGUAGGAGACCCCAUCGAACUGUCUGCCAUUGCAGCGACAUUCGGCGCUUCUCGGAGUCAGCCCGUCUAUGUGGGAAGUAUCAAGCCAAAUGUCGGCCACACUGAAGGCUGUGCAGGCAUUGCUGGUGUGCUGCGUGCCAUCGCCUCCUUGGAAAAGGGGGAAAUCCUCCCCACCGCUGAGAUUGAAAAAGUCAAUCCACGGCUUACAUUUGAUGACUGGAAUUUGGCCUUGCCCUCAAAAGUUUUGCCAUGGCCUGCGGUAGGAACUCGUCGCGUUAGUGUCAAUAGCUUUGGCUUCGGAGGAGCCAAUGCACAUGUUAUCAUGGACGAUGCAUACCAUUACUUGAAAGAACACGACCUCACCGGAUUUCAUUCGACUACACUUCCAAAAACAGAUGAACUGGAAGAGGCAAAUGGCCAAGCUAGUGAAACAGCGGCCAAGAAGCUCCUGGUCGUCAGCUCUCGAGACCAACAGGGACUGCAGCGAAUCGCAAAACAGUAUGGAAGCCUGAAUAAAUAUCAGCCAUCUGUCGCAAUUUCUGACCUAGCUCAUACCUUCUCUAAUAAACGCUCGUUCUUCGAUUACCGAUCUUUUGUCGCUGCGGACACAUUACAAGAACUUUCUCUGCGACUGGAGCGGCCACUGCCGAUAUUUCGGCGCCCUACCAAGUUAAAUGGUAUUGUGUUUGUCUUCACGGGUCAGGGUGCCCAGUGGGCUGGCAUGGGUAAAGAACUCAUUGACUUCCCUGUCUUCGCCGAAAGUAUUACCAAGAGCGGAGCUUAUUUGACCUCCCUGGGCUGUUUAUUUGAUCUGCGGCAGGAACUACAAAACACAUAUGAUAGCAAGAUCGAUUCUCCGGAAUACAGCCAGCCUAUUUGUUCAGCUGUUCAAAUUGCCUUGGUAGACCUACUGCGAGACUGGUCUAUUACACCUCGCGCGGUGAUCGGGCAUUCUAGUGGAGAGAUUGCGGCUUCAUAUGCGGCUGGAAUCACUACUCACGAAGAUGCAAUUAAGGUCGCAUAUUUCCGUGGGAUUUACUCCCUUCGCGUUGCAGAGAGCUCCCGACGAGGUGGCAUGCUGGCUGCAGGAAUCUCCGCCGAAGAGGCCCAAGAGUACCUGAAGGCAGUGCCAAAGGGAAGCGUGGUGACAGCAUGUGUUAACAGUCCAAACAGUGUUACCCUCUCAGGGGACGUCGACCGAGUCACUGAUCUGGAGAAGCUCAUCUCCAAUGAAGGGAAAUUCGCCCGCAAGCUUCGCGUAUCGACUGCCUACCACUCGCCCCAUAUGCAGAGUGUUGCGAGCGAAUGUUUGGCUGCCAUGGAUAGAUCAGGCUUUUCCAAGCCCCAGAAGUCUUCUGUAUUGAUGUUCUCAUCGGUGACGGGAGCCCUCGUGGACCCUCAAACAGUGGAUACCUCUUACUGGAUUCGCAACAUGUGCCAAUCGGUCCUGUUCUCCCCGGCUCUAGAUGCACUUCUCACAUACUCGCCCAAUCGACGAAGCACUCGUCGCUUGCCGUACAAGUGGAAUUCUGUCCUGGAGAUCGGCCCACAUUCUGCGCUCAAAGCGCCCAUCGUUCAGACCAUGGAAGGAGUCGAGAAGAACCUUCCUGCAGAUCUUCCCUAUAUUUCCAUGCUCACACGAAAGGAGCAUGCAAUUGACACUGCACUCAAGGCCGCUGGAGGACUGUGGGCACUUGGAAAUCCCAUCUUGCUAAACCGAGUAAACCGGGAGGAGGGCGAUGCCAACACUCAGACCUUAGUAAAUCUUCCUCCAUACCCCUGGAAUCAUGAGAACCGUUAUUGGCAUGAAGCGAGCAACACACGAUCCGAACGACUCAAGAAACAACCUCGGUCGGACCUUCUCGGCGUCCCUGUCCCUAAUCAGAACCCCUUUGAGCCGCAAUGGAAAAAUUAUCUGCGUCUGCGGGAGAAUCCUUGGAUUUCUGACCACGCCAUCACCGGAACAACAUUGUAUCCCGGGGCUGGAAUGUUGAUUAUGGUCCUGGAAGCGGCUCAGCAGAUCGUAUCUAAGGGAACAAAAAUUGAAGGAAUUGAAUUUAUCGACGUUCAUUUUGAGCGUGGGCUAGUCGUCCCAAGCGAGGGCGCUGUGGAGACACGCCUCAGCAUCAAUCUGUCCGAGGGUAACGAUGAGAGCCACGGCUUUGCCAUCUUCUCGGUCACGGGAAAUUCUAGCUGGACCAAGCAUUGCUAUGGCUACUUCAGUAUCCAGAAGAGCAGUGAUGGCGUUCAAAGCGAAUCAGCUACGCUAGACUGGGAGCGACGGCUCGGUCAGCUUCAUGCCGUCAAGAAGGACGCAUCGCAGACGGUCAACAUCGAUAAACUCUAUCAAGAUCUCCACAAAGUGGGUAUGGAAUACGGUGAUACCUUCCGCAACCUGACCUCUUUGGCGGCCACUCCAGAUGCGAGCCAAUGCUACGGGACUGUGAAAAUCCCCGAUACCAAGUCUGUAAUGCCAUUUGAAUUCGAGUACCCUCAUAUCAUCCACCCCGCUACAUUGGACGCGAUCUUCCAUUUGAUGGUCCAUGUUGUGUCAGAUGGAGGAACGUGGACGGAUGCAGCCGUACCCUAUAGACUGCAAAGGUUGUUCAUUGCGACUGAUCAGCCCCAAAAUGCUGGCACUCUAUUCUCGGGAUACGCCGGUCGUCAUAACAAGACUGACAACGGCCUCCUGGGUGCAGAUCUAGUUGUGUCAGAUGAAUCUUGGCAGACACCCAAGAUCAUCGUGGAUGGAUUAUUGAUGAAGAAGGUCACUGCUUCUGGGCCAAGCUCUAGUGAAGCUAGAGAAAACGAAAUUGCUAAGAGAUGCACUGUUUUGACGUGGGAGCUGGACCCCACUAGUUUCGUUCACUCUCCUGACUCCUCUUCUCUCUCCAUUGAGAACAUCAACACAUUGCAGGACUGGCUACAGAUUGAAUGCCACAAAACACCGGGACUGACAGUAUUGAUUGAUGGCAACGCGCUGGGGCCAAUACUGACGGAUGAGCUGCUUCCUUUCAUCUCCGGGGCCUCCCAAUACCGCACUAUAUCACAGCUCACCAUCACAGGAUCGAACGAAGAGACCUUGGAUCCCUGGCGCAAGGCCAUUGCAGAUGUUGAGGCUGAUUCCCAAGUCACAUUCCACGUUAGUGGGAAAGAAUCUGGCUAUUCUCUCGAUGAUGCCAAAUUCCAUUUGAUCAUCACCGCGUCAAGUGGACACUCGGCGGAGUCAUCCGCUGCACCUUGGGUCCCUGCUCUCCAGCAAGAAGGUCGUUUGCUUAUAUUGUCUCAAGGGAAGCCUGAUUUGGGUGCAGAGAAACCUGUGACCAACGGCUUCUCGUAUCCAAAGGUCCAGGCUCGAAGCAUAUCAUUGAAGGCAGGAACCAUAGACAUCAUCGCCGUGCCGCGAGAACCCUGUCUUAACCGGGGAGGAGUCUGCCUACUUCUUCCGAGAACGUACAUCGAUUCCCAGGCUGCUUCUCUGGAAAUAGAGCUGGAAAGAAGUCUUCUUAAUCGCGGGAUCUCUGUCCGAAAGGCGUUCGCAGACAUGGCCGACGAUCUCACUGAUCAGCAUAUCAUUUCCCUUCUAGACCUCGGUCAGCCUGCUGGGUUUUUGUCUCACUGGACAAAGGACGAAUUUGAAUCUUUCAAGACUCUGUUGAACACUGUCAAACAUUUAUGUUGGCUUUCCCGUGCGGGGCAGAUGCUGUCGCCCGGUGAGGCUGGGCUUGGCAGUGCUCCCACGACUGGGUUCCUUCGCGUCCUGCGAAAUGAACUGCCACAGGUCACCAUCACACAUGUGGAUCUGACAACGAGUUUUAACUCAUCCAAGGCUGAGGCAAUCCUGAACCUCUGGAUUCCUCUUUCGCUAGAUGAAGCCGACUCCGCUGAUCUGGAGUAUGCUGAGUGCAAAGGAGAAUUCUAUAUUCCCCGUACGGUACCUGCGCCAUCGUUCGAUUCGGAGAUUGCCUUAGCGACAGGAGCUGCCCCUGCCGAACCCACAUUACUUGGGAGCGCAGGCCAUCUCCAGCUGGUAAAUGAGGAGGGUGCUGCUCUUGUAUGGAAGCUUUUGCCCGGGUCAGAGACCAAAAUCUCAGCAGAAGAGGUGGACAUUAAGGUGACCAAUGUUUCCACCACCGUCGGUCGUUCUUUCACUAUCUCCUCGCCGCAGGCGCUCUGGACUCAGACGACUGGCAUUGUUUCUGCGUGCGGCUCGAGUGUUUCCGAGUUAUCCCCGGGUGAUCAUGUCGUUGUCCUGGGACCAUCAAACUGCCAGAAUAAGCUGCGGGUGCAUUGGUCCAAGGCCCACAAAGUGCCCGUGGGAGUCGCCCUUGAUGCGGCGGCAACGACCAUUUGGCUCUAUGCGCUAGCUCUAUACAUUCUCGAGCAUGUCGUCCGUCUUCAGGUCGGUGAGAACAUCCUCGUUUGCGAUGGCUUGACCCCCCUCACUCAAGCCUUGCUCUCACUAUCCAGCACAACCGGCGCAAAUAUCUUCACUACGGUGUCGAGCCAAGCUGACAAGAAGAUCAUUGAAAGCCUGGGUAUUCCUGUCAAUGUUAUCGUGGAUUUCAAUUCAACUGGAGUAUCAUCUUACCUCCUCCAUGAAACCGGCGGUCGAGGAAUCGAUGCACUCAUUGCUCCGGCACACAUUGUCACCAAGGACCCAUCAGCCUUUAUGGCAGACUUCGGGCGAAUUGCGACGAUUAUCGGAACAGGAGAUGAUCAUGGCCUGCCGCGCAGUCUGGGAAGAAGGAACCUGACCUACUCGUUGGUGCAGCCAGCGCAGAUCCUGGAAGAGCACCCGGAAACCGUUACGCGAUUGUUGAGAAAACGCGCCAGUCUGUUGAAUGCUGUUUUACCCGCCUCCAAGUUCACACCUGCCCUACAGGUAUUCUCUGUAUCUCAGCUCCCUGAAGCAGCAGAGCGAUGUGGCAGCUCAAAGGAGGAUGGUAUCGUGUCUGUUGCGUUUGCUGAUGAUGCGUUGGUUCCCGUAUUACCCCCUAAGCCACAGACACUAGAGCUCCCUGCAGAUGGCACAUAUGUUCUAGCGGGAGGGUUAGGCUCGCUGGGCCUUCGAAUCGCCAAGUUGAUGGCCCAGCAUGGAGCUCGCCAUAUCGUUCUUCUAUCUCGCUCUGGAAAAAAUCCCAAGUGGGAUGGGGAGAUUGCGGUUGUGGAAUCGAUUGGAGCGUCGGUGGAGGUGCUCAAGUGUGACGUUACCAAGGCGGAUGAGGUAGAAGACGCAAUGAACUCGUUAUACCUGGUCGGCAGAAGGAUCCGUGGCGUUGUGCAGUGUGCCAUGGUCUUGCAGGACAGUAUAUUCAGCACAAUGACCCACGACCAGUGGCAGAAGGCAUUCACCCCAAAGGUAGCAGGGACAUGGCAUCUUCACAAUUCACUCACCACCACGAUUGACUUCUUCAUUCUCCUCUCAUCGGUCGUAUCGGUCAUUGGCAACGUCUCACAAGCCAACUAUGCUGCCGGAAACGCCUGGAUGGACGCAUUUGCCCACUACCGUCGCAGUCUAGGCAAAGCCGCCGUAUCUUUGAACGUAGGUUUAGUGCGGGACUCGGACCACACGAUUGACGGAACAAACAUGGACUCGUACCUCGAUCGCUUUGGUCACAUGGCCAGUGUCAGCACGACACUGGAUGAGCUAGAUAUUGGACUCUUGGCCUGUAUGCGCGGUCAUACGGCGGAUGGUUCCCCCAUCCCGCCUCAGGUGGUGUACGGCAUGACAGAUGUGCUGCGUCGCGAGGGACCGGUCGUGGACCAGUGGACUCGCGACCGUAAAUUCGAUCAUCGCGUUUCCAGGCUCAAUAGUUCCGCAGGGGCAGCCACGGGCGAUGGCGCGUCCGGGGCUGAGGUGAAGGCAGCCCUGGGCAAUGCAAAAUCCGGACCAGAGGCAGGGCAAGUGGUGAUAGAUGCAUUCAAGAGGCUCCUGGCUCCUGGGUUGGGAGUCCAGCCGGCUGCUAUUGGUGAUGAUCAACCGAUGUUUGAGCUAGGAGUUGAUUCGUUUAAAGCGGUGGAAAUCCGCAAUCACGUCUUCCGGGAAUUGAAGAGCGAGAUAUCGGUCUUUGAGAUUCUCAGCUCCAAACCGUUGGAGGAGUUGUCCAUCCUCAUCGCCAUGAGGAGUCAGCUGGUGACGGCCGAGGCAAAAGCAGCAUAG